UGGUACGAUUUCCAAAUUGAAAGAGAGAAAUUAGUGAGUUUAUUUUGAAGUGGAAGAUGUCGGGGGCACAAGGAGCACUGCCGCCGGGUUCGUACACGGCGACCACAUACGAAUCGACUGAAACUGGAGAGAACAAGACGAAGCUCGACGUCCAUUCAAAGGAGGAUGAGGGAGGAAUUCAGAUAGAUAAACUCCAGGACAAGGUCGAGGAUGCAGCAGGUGAAGGCGGCCCUGUUUUUGGCGCAGGCGCCGGCGAGGAGGAGCAGGAGCAGGAGAAAAAGGAUGACUUGGGCGUCACUGGAACUGCCUAGCUAGCUCGCUGUUUCUUGCGUAUAUACAGUUUCUUUUCGUUUUUCCUGUGUUUAUUCAUUAGUUUGUAGCAACUUACUUUUCUUUUUCUUUUUUUUUCUUUUUUUUUUUUUAAUUAUAUAUAACAUCUGAUAUGCUUAUGUA